CAAAAUCUUUGUUUACUUCUCGACUUGUGUUCGGGGAAGUGUUUUUGUUAUUGUGUGUGAAAAUAUUUUCAAUUUCAUCAUAAUCCGUGCUUUUAAUUGUCAUUAAAUUGAACAAUUAUUCGAAAUGAACUAUUAUUGUGCUAAAGGAAGUGUUUAACCGCUACAAAUCCGCCUGAGAACUAUUGUCUGGUUAAAUUAGAUAUCGAAAGUCAUUGUGAAUAAUCAAGUGGUUACAAUUUUUAUUCGGGAUUGUGGUUUAUUCAGUUAUGUAAUCAAGUAUGUGAUAUCGAUUUGUGUCAAUCAUUAUCAUAACAUAUCGUUUGUGUAUCACAUUCGCACUGUGUGCCACGAGUAGGAGCGAAAUAAAUAAACAUAGUAGGACGACACGUGGGUCUCGCGCUGAAUUAAUCGAUAGACGUAAGAGGCGCGCGCCAGUCUCUAUCAUUGAGACGGCUCAGCGUCAAGGUCACCGUACACAAACACGUGCGAUGGCGGAUUCUAUUUACACACAUGACUUUCUCUCAGAAGCAGGCAUUGAGAUAAAACAGGAGUCUCCUUUUGAAUUGGGCACUAUGUCGGCCUCGGUGCCCAUACCGCAGCGCAGGGCCGACCUCGGCGACUUCGGCACAGACUUGGAUCUGUGCCUACAGGAUAACCUGGGUGGCUCUGGAUCCUUCCACAAUGUCCCCAAUAUGCAAUACAGCAAACUCUCAUUUGAUGCUGAUAAUUCAUCUAAAAUGGAAACAUUCAAAAUGGAUGAUGAUGAUAUAUUCCAAGUAGACAAAGCUGAUUUGAUUCUAGGCCCAACACUUGCUGAAUUAAAUGCAAAUCCUGACACACUUUUAGAUGAUCUGAAUUUUGAUGAUUUACUCUUGCCUGAAGAAAGUGGAUACUGUGUACAAAUUGGUGGAGCAAUGAGCGGGUCUCGAAGACCCGCUACACAGACAUCAAACACGUUGGCUGCUGAGAGCCCAUGUAGUCCAUACAGUCGGGCUCAACUUGCCUUUUCACCUUCAAGUCAACAUAGUUCAGCGUCUUCAAGCUUUGCUCAACCAACAAAUCAGUUGCCAGACUUACUACUGCGCAUGGACGGUGGUUAUGGUGGUGAGAUUGCCUUGGGGCAGUCAGUGCCUGCUUCUACGGUCCUUCCUCCGUUUUCUAGCAGUAUAAAACCACAGCAUACACUGUCUUCAUCUGCACCUACACAUCUGACUAUGGAACAGAUAUGGCAGCGUCGUGAGCCCCGUAAACAUCUUUUAUCAACAAGCUCCCUGGCAGAAGCUGGCUCAAUAUCGUCCCUCUCUGGUGGUCUGCUCAGCCCAGGCACCGGGGACUACUCACAAGAUGAGGACGAGAGAGAGGGUGAGACAGAUGAGGACAGUGACAGAUAUGAGGAUCUCUCUUCUGAUGAAUCAAAUGAUGAGUCAAUUGAGAGCAAGCAGGCAAGGCAAGCUAAGAAGGAGAGGUACUUCUGGCAGUACAACGUGCAAGCUAAAGGUCCUAAGGGUCAGAGGCUGGUACUGAAGAAGUCCUCGGAAGACCCACAUGUGCUGAACUCCGUCACCGACCCGGUCUUCAGUCCCAACUGCAGUGUCAGGGGCAUCAAGCAUAGUGGUAAAGCAAGGAAGGGCGACGGUAACGACCUGACGCCGAAUGCAAGGAAGUUGUACCUUAUUGGAAAGGAAUUGGACAACUUGAGUAAGGUCAUCAAUGACAUGAUACCUGUCAGUGAGCUGCCCUUCAACGUGAGACCCAAGACGAGGAAGGAAAAGAACAAACUCGCUUCCAGGGCGUGCAGGCUAAAGAAAAAAGCGCAGCACGAGGCGAAUAAACUCAAGUUGUACGGACUACAAACAGAACACAAACGUCUUCUUAAUGGAAUUCAUCAGUUGAAGCAGUUGCUAAGUAACAGAGUGACCAACCCACAGAGCAAUAUUGAUUGGAAUUCGCAGGCUAAGGACAUAUUCAACACAGCUACAGAAAUAAAAAUAGCCGGCAAAACGUCAGAGUACGUCAACAAAGUAUUGGAUAAAGUGAGACAAGGUAACAACCCUGGACUGAACGACAUAAAGCUAUAAACUCAUCUACAGAUAUGAAUAAUAAAACGAAAGGCUGUUCUAUGUACCUCCAAAGUUAUUUAGAGAGAAGAGAGUAUGUCUAUCAUAUAAAACCUUAAUUGUCCAAGACAAUUUUAUUUUUGUAUGGUAACAUGAAUAUAUAAUUAGUCAUAUAAGAAGCUUUACAAGGCAACUGGAAUUUUAGAGUAAUUCUUGUCUAUUAUCAUUAUUAUGCCAUAAGGUAGACGUUAGUGACGUAGUACGGUGUAGAUUGACGCAAAUAAUUAUAUUUAAGAACCAAAAAAAUAAUUAAAAAUGGCAAUCUAUAACUGUAAGUGUAUACCGCUUAUUGUAGUUGAUUUGGUCACUCAAUCAAAGAAAAUGGAAGUUGUUGAUGGUUAACUUUAUAUAUUUACUUAUUCUAUGAGAAAAUAAUGUUAUUUUGUGGUUAUAUAUCAGAUAGUCAAAAAUCCACAGGCCAAACUUUAAAAGAACUACAAAUAAAACAACAAAUUUUAAUAGACCAGGGGGUUUAAAAAGGCCACAUCAAAGCAAUUCAUUAUAAAAAAGCAAUAUUGCAAUUUGACAUUAACGCAUGUGCAAACAAAUGUCAAAUAGCAAUACCUGGUUCAUUGUGGCUUUUUUAACCACCCAGAAGUAGUUUGAGCUUGGGUUGGGGGUUGGUGAGGUAAACCUAGCCCAGAUACUUGUGGGGAGCGGAGAGUUACCUUUGGUCAACCGCCCGUUUUAAUUUGGUCAGUAGUAAUUUAGGCAUUUAAAUUUUGACGUGCCAUUUUAUUCAAAUGACCGUUGUUAUUUAAAAAAAUAAUAUUUCAUUUGAAAUUAUUAAAAAUUUUGCCAAUGGAUUUUUGAUAAUUUGGUAACCUUUUUUGUGGAAUGUUAUAAAGUGCAAUAUCGAAUCAAAUUCAAGAGAUAAACGUGACUUGUUCUAAAAGCCCGAUUCAUAAGUUAACGAGAGUAAUUCCGCUAAAUCUGUAGGAAGAUGUUUAAAAAUGUGUUACUCUUUCCUGCUUUUCCUUGACUUAAAUCAUUGGUUUACUUUCUUUACUUUUGUUUUUCUUCGCGUUAAAACUAAAAUGCUGUUUUAAGUGACCACAAAUCUAAUAACACGAACACAUUUUAAAGACCAUGUUUUAAUCAAUAACCUUACGCUUAAUUUAACACUUUAUUCCGAGACGAAUGCCAAUCCACCGGUGCAAUUAUCAUUACUUAAGCUGAAAGCUUCAGGUUUAAUGGAAUUAUAAUUACUAUUACAGAGCAGAUGAAGUCGAUUUUUUGUUAUGUUUAUUUUGAAAACAUCGCGUGCCAGUGAUAUUACGCGAUGAAUCUUAUUGACAGUGAUUAUAAUCGUAACUCCAUAUAAAACUGACAAUAUUGACAACGCGUACGAUUAAGAAGAAUCUGUGUCUGCUUUCCGCAUUAAACGUAGUUUGUGAGUUUGGGCCAUUAAAAGGACAACUUGUGUAUAUUAAUAUAUUUUGUAUGAAUUGUUAUAAUAUUCUACUGUGAAAGUAUAUACCUCUAUUAUGCCAUGUUAUCAAGUCAAAAUUUCAAUUGGUAAAGAAUAUUUUUAACUAUAUUUGGCUACAGAGACGGAUUGUGAAGUCGAAUUAUUAUUAAGUAAAUAUAUUAUGUAGCUCUGUACUAUUUAGUAUAAGAAUAGAACGCUUCCAUAUUUUUCCAAAUAAUAUUCGUAAAGUUAAUGUAGUAAAGUACAUGCAGAUUUAUAAAAUCUUUCGCUUAGAUUGCUCGAUUUUUCGUAUAGAAACGCAAUAUUGUGCAUCAUAACAUAAGUUUUACACGAGUAUAAAAAUAUGAAUUCAAAAUCUUGUAAUUGAUAGAAUGCUCUAUAGAAUUAGAUGUUAUAAAAAUAUAAUUAAUUCAUUGCCAUAUUCUAAAUUUCAUAAUUUAAUUUAACCGCUAUGGAAGCGUCAUAGGUGUAAAUAAUGUUAUUUUUUUAAUCUUAGGACUGAUCUGGAACUUUGGUAGGGUAAAUAACCGUAAUAAUUUUGAUUCACAAACUUUAAGUCAUACAAGUAAACAGAGACUAUUCAUUAUAGUAAAUUAUCUGUUAUCUUGAAAUGUUAAGUGCCAUUCCUUGUAAUUCAGUUUCUGUAAAUAAUUUUAUAAUAAGUUUGACGAAAGGACAUAUCGAAUUAUCGAAACCAUUUAUUUAUAUUUUUUCUUUUCGUAUUUCUGUGAUUGUUGUUUCAGAUAAAGUAUAGUGUAAAAAAUAUUGGCAUACUAUUAUAAUUAUCAUAUUUGUUUGACACUUAAAUAGAAUGUGUUAAUGUAUAACAUUAUAUUUUGUUAAAAUCGCAAUGAAUUUUUGUUUGUUUUGUUGUUUGUUGUGGGAAACCAGUUUUAUUCGUAAGUUUUAAGUAGAAUACGAAAUAAAGUGUGGUAUUUAGUAAUAACCAUUAUCAUGUAAUGAUCGACCUUAUGUAAUAUGAAUCAUAAAGCAUUUCGCCAUUCAAUUUACGAUGCCUCUGAUAACUUGCAUUAAAUUCUAGAAUUAAGAAUCUAUAUCUUUAAGAUAAGUAAGUAUAUUUUUUUCUACAUUUGCAAUUAAUGCUAAAUAUUUGGGAUUCAUGUUUUGUUAUUAAUCGGGAAGUCAAUCAUAAAUAGUGUUAAAUGCACACGAAAAUUAUAUAUAUUUUUGUAAUGUUGUGUAAAUAGUACUUUUAUUUAUUGUUAAAAACAAAGUUAUUCGCGAUUUGUAUAAUGUUGAUUUACUGAUGGUUCAUUUAUACAGGUGGUUCAGAUAAUUUUCCAUAACUGUGAUCAUGCAAGCGUAAACGAAUUGUUAAAUUUGUACCCUUGCUCUAGCUUUACAUGAAAGUACAACUCAUUGUCGUUAAUAAAAUUAUUACCUCGAAAAUAGACAUUGAUAUUAGAUUAAGUAUAGUGCGAAAAAGGACCAAGGACCAAUGGUGAUAUUCUAAAGAACUCUUAUGUACAAAGUUCCACUUCCGUGCUGUCCUGUCCUACAAUAAUGACGAUGGUAUUUCUUUUUUAUAGUACCUACAGCUAUACAGGAAAAUACGUUGUUGUAGAUUUAGGUGUUCGAUCUAAUGUCACGAAUAAUUCUAAUGACGCGUUUCCGCUAGGCAACAUUUGGCGCGCGACAUGUUUCACAUGUUGAAAGUUAGCGCGGAACUUCGUCUGUUUACGUAUCUAAUAAAUGUCUGUCGUCGACAACAUGUCGCCAGAGGAACUAAUGUUGAUGCGCGUCACUUCUACACUACAACAAUUGAUUUGAGCAUCGGUUGUUGCUCUCUAAACAAAUAAUAAGCCGCGUUGUUCUGCAGAUAGCCUCCAUGGUCUAGUGGUUAAAGCGUUAGGCUCACGAUCUGGAGGUCCGGGUUCGACAAUGUUCCCGAUGGGGACAUUGUCGAAAUCACUUUGUGAGACUGUCCUUUGUUUGGUAAGGACUUUUCAGGCUUGAAUCACCUGAUUGUCCGAAAAAGUAAGAUGAUUCCGUGCUUCGGAGGGCACGUUAAGCCGUUGGUCCCGGCUAUUAGCCGUAAAAACACCUCCACCAACCCGCAGUGGAGCAGCGUGGUGGAGUAUGCUCCAUACCCCCUCCGGUUGAUUGAGGGGAGGCCUGUGCCUAGCAGUGGGACGUAUAUAGGCUGUUUAUGUUAUGUUAUGUUGUUCUGCAAUGUUGCUACCUACGUGUUGCGCGUUAAUUGUUGCCUAGUGGAUACGAGGCUUUAUUGUUUUGGUAAUAAUAUAAUUAGACAUGAGCAUAGAAUUUUUCACAUCAAGGUGCCUCUAUGAACAAAUGACCUUGACCAACUUAAGUAGGUAAAACUAUUGUUUGCAGCUUUUCUUAAAGUCUUCUUUAUAAUCUACACCUAUUUAUUAUGCAAAGGCGUAUUUAAUAUGUUGACUUUUUCUAUGAUGACUGCAAUUCAAAAUAUAGUUUUUUUUUACGAGUAGGUAACUCAUAAAAAAUAUAUAUUUUCUGAGUCUUCUUUGUAAAUGAACUUGUAAAUUCCGAACUCAAGUCAAGGCGCAUUGCUCAAGGAAGCAUCGUACAUAACUAUAGCCAGUCAACACGAAAGGAUGAGGAUCGCAUAGGAUCACUAAGUUUGGUAUGAUAGAAUUGUCAUGUGAUAAACAAAGUUGCAAAUGCUGACAAUGAAUAGAAAAGCAAAUAAGCAAUUUUUCUCUUAUACAUUGUGUUAUCAAAGGAAUCUUUAAAGUGGGGGCAAUAUUAGUACAAUGUAUAGGUAAGCUAGAUCUUCAUAUUUAUUAUACUUAGCCAAGAGUAAGGGUCUAAAAUGUCAAAAUGUUAACCUAAUAACAGAGCAAUAGAAACUUCUAUUAACUAGUUACUUGUGAAACAAACCAAACUCUUGAACUGGUCUGCGAUUCAAUAGGCUGUGCUUAUUUGUAUUAAAUUCAUAUAAGUUUCUUAUGUUUUUGUAAUGAAAUUAUAUUUUUAAUCACUGUAAUAUUGUUAUGUGUAUUGAUGUUUAAUAAACUUUUAAGGUAAUACAGAA